AUGGGCAGAAGCUCCUGUGGGCCAGCUCCCAGGAUCGCGGCCGGGCGGCCCCUCCCUCUCCCCCCCUCCUCCCCGCGCCUGCGCGCCGCCGUUACGGCUCCCUGUCCUCGGUGCGGGGGGCAGCUCGGGCCGGGCCCGCCACGCCCUGUCACGCCCCGGCCCGUCCCGUCCCAUCCCGUCCCAUCCCGUCCCCCCGCCGACGGCCGAGCUUGCAGCCCUCCGGUGGCUCCAACCCUCCGCCGAGCGCCGCGUCCCAGCCCCCCCGGCCCGCAGGUCCAGGUGGGACCCGCCCAGGACACCAUGGCCUCGCCCAGGGUCUCGGCCGGGCUCCUGUUGGGCCUUGUUUCCCUGCUGCUGCCGCUGCCCGUGGUGGAAGCCGUCGAGGCUGGAGACGCUGUGGCCCUCCUGCUGGGCUUCUUCCUCAGCGUGACAGGCAUCUGCGCCUGCCUAGGGGUCUAUGCCAGGAGGAGAAACGAACAGCCGUGACUUGGAGGGGCCGCCCACCCCCGAACGAGGCCCGGCAACCCUCGGCGCCACCAAGGGAGAGGACCCGAAGGCCACCUCUACUGAUCGACGCCGAAAACGGACGCCGGAGGGGCCCCGUCCUCAAGAGGAGAUGUUGCCUUGAAAGGGAAGCGAGGUGGCUGACGUAGCCUCGGCCGAGGAAGGCCGUGUGCGGGAUUAAUAAUGCCGACGGACGGCCCCCUCCCGCGGGCGGAGAAGCUGGCCGAACGGUUCCACGGCUUUCCCGGGGGGAUGCGGCUGGAGAGCCGUGGUGAUUUCCCAGCCGGGAUCCCCGGGCGAGGAAAAUGGAUAGGCCCACCCAGUGUCUCUUUAGGAAUGCCACGUUCUUUCUACAGCAAUACACCCUCAUUCCCGCUCCGCGAGGGGUGAUGGGCAUUUCCUCAUUAUUUUUAUUACCCACAUGUCUUCUCCGUUCCUAGGCCGGUUUAAUCGCCCGUUCCGACCCUAUCGAGUCAACUGCCUCUUUAGAGUUUCUAUCGUCGUUUCUUCCUACGGACCUUAGGAUGACGAAUGCAGCGUAUUAUCCCUUUAAAUAAAAGAACAGUUUAACCUUGUAAAA